UGCCAAGUGUGUCGCUUUAACCUGCCUCGGAACCGACAACCGGCCGAUUUAUACAAAGAAAAUUCCGGUAUCGUUUGUAAUUUCGUAACAGUGAAUAAUUUUACAUUUAUGUGGAUAAAUAGGCGUGGUACGUGGAAGAAAAAUGUUGCAAGGUUAUGCUCCCGUAUAAAACAGAAGAAUAAAGAUAUAUGUAAUAGUUAAGUUAUAUAUCUUAGUUCACGGAUCCGAGAUGAAGUAUAUGAUCUUGCUACUAGCCUUUGGCUACGUAGUAGUUUCAGAGGCGUCUCCUAGCUAUGACGAACUGCCAGUUAAUCCUGGAGGAAUCGGUGGACUGUUUCGAGGACCUAACUCGGAAACCAUAAUUAAAGGUCCUGAUGGAAGUGUAAUUACUGCAGAAGCUGAGGGAGGUGCCGUUCACACCGGAACAGGAAUAGACACGAUUGUAGCAGCAGAACCGGUAGCAGUUGCCCCGGCAAUUGCAUCCGUACCCCUUGCUAUUGAAACAGUGGCACACGCUCUUCCUGUUGUAACUGAAACAAUAUCGGUUGGGAAGCCCAUAGACCUUGAAUUAGUUGAUGCCCCUGAUAUAGAGCCAGAUCAAGCUUCUGAUUUACAUGGACCAUCCGGGUCUAUUUCUACUCGCGGUUCUUCUUCUAUAGUAUCGGGGCCAGCUUCAACCACUAUUUCUGAACCUGUUAGAACAAUACCUUUGGUUGCUGCCGGAGUUCCUGUGGUCGCCACUACAGAAAUAAGAGGGGCUCCAUUAAUUGAUGCUGGUGUCAUUCAGCCACUAGUUGGAAAUGUUGGAGGUGUAGCAUUGGCAGAACCUUCAGUGGGUAUAUCAACUGGUACCGUUGUAUCAAGCACACUGUCACCCCUGGUUUCUGACUCUGUCUCUUUGGCUCCAAACACUAUUUCCUCCACCCUGCGACCAGAUUUGUUGCAGCCAUUGUCACUUAAUAUUGGAGAAGUGGCUCCAAGUUUAGACGUUCAAGCUCUGGCCAACGAGAGAAAUAGACAGCUGGCUACACAAACAGCUAUUCAACAAGCGGAAGCUGAAGCCAUUGCUAGAAGCAGACAAGUCGCCGAUGACAGCAUUGCAAGAUCUCAGGCUGCGAUUCAACAAGCCGAAGCUGAAGCAAUAGCUAGGAGCCAGCAAAUUGCUGAUGCAAGAGCAAACGAGUUGAUUCGUCAACAACUUACGCAGUCUCAACAACAACAACUCGCAUUAUCUCGAGGACUCCCAGGCCCACAAGAACUUCCACCUCAACAACAGCUCCCAUUACCACAGCAACUGCCACCAAAUCAACAACUUGUACCACCUCAACAACUUGCAUCACCACAACAACUUGCACCACCCCAACAACUUCAACCACCUCAACAACUUCCACCACCUCCACCCCCUCAACAAUCAUCUCCACAAACAGCACAACAAGAAACAAAUCAGGGGGGCCAACAACAAGUUAGCGGUGAAGAAGCUGUCCAACUAGAAGAAACGAGAAGAAAGGCUGAAGCCAAAGCCGUGGAAAGAAACCGGCAAAUAGCAGCGCAGGCUGCAGAAAUUGAAGAAGCCAAACGAAGAGUUGAGGUGGACACUUUGGAAAGAAAUAGACAACUUGCUGCACAAGCUGCUGCCGUUGAAGAAAACAGAUUAAGAGUAGAAGCUGAAGUAGCUGCAAGAACCAAAGCACUUGCUGAGGAAGCGGCAUUAGAAGAUAGCAGACAAAGAGCUGAGGCGGAAGCAAUUGAACGAAGCAGACAAAUUCUUGAAGUCGCGGCUAAAGAACAAAACAGAAGGGCACAGGUCGCGGCGGACGAGGAAAAAAGACGAUCGGAAGCAGCAGCAUUAGAGGAAAGGAGGCAGGCGGAGGCUGAGAGAAGUAGGCAACAAGACGUAUCGGCGGCCAUUGCUGAUGAAAGACAACGGCAAUUGUCAGCAGCUUCGGUGACGUCACGAGCUCCAGUUCAAUUUAGAAACCAACAACCAGUAGUCGACGACAAGUUGGCUAAUGUUAAUGGACAAACUGCUGCACCAUCCAAUCAACAGGUUGCUCCAAAUGAUUUAAGAGUGUUACAAGAACAGUCCGGGCAAAGAGCUGCCUUGCAAAUUCAAGCAAUUGAGGAAGAAAAUCUUAGAGCUAGAAGCCAACUUCAAGCUCAAGAAGAAGCAAGUCGUCAAAGGACUGCACAAAUUAACGCAGAAAGUGCCAGACUACAGGAACAGAUUAGGCAACAACAAAGUCUUCAGCACGCCGUUUCUAAUGAUAGGCAAUUGAACAUUAACCCGGCUUUAAUUCCUGCGAAUAAUAUUAUUCCACCCGAAGUUGGAUUGAGACGCAGUAACCUAAUUGUUUCAUCAACCAUAUCUCCAGAAGCAAUUGCUGAUAAUUCGAUCAGACCAGAUGGUGGAUUAGGAAUUCCAAAUGGACAACUAGCACAGGUGGGGACACAAUUAGGUCCAUCACCCGAUCUUCGCACACUUGGUCCUGAAAAUGCUCUACUUCAACCGGAAUUAGCUAAAUAUGGCAUAGAUCCUUCUCAAAUUCAAUUGGCUAAUAUUCCAUUGUCAGAUGUUGCUCUGGCUGAUCACAGACAGCAGAAUUUGGCUCAUCUGCAAGGUUUAGGGGGUGCCGGUGGAUGGAAUAGGUUUGGUAGGCACUUGAAGAAGAAGAGGAAUUAAUUGAUCUAGUCAAUUUAAACAUGGAGGUUUCGGGUUGUGGUGAAUGUCUGUAUUUAUUUAUUUAAUUAUUGUAAUUGUGGGAUAACAAAUAAAAUAAUUCAUUUAUUGAG